AUGCACAGUCAAGAAGCACACAGCUUGUUUCUACUGGGAGACUUGAAGAGUGUCAACUGGCACGUUUUUCCUUCCAAUCAUGUGAUCACUCCUGAACAUUGGAUGAAGAAAUGCAACAACAAACCUCCUUCAUUCUAUGAUCCCGAUCAAGAACCAUUUUACAAAAUUCCCAAUGACUCUGCCUAUCAACUCAAAGUACCUCUUCCACUCAGUGUAUCAGUUCGAAAAGUCAUCUCUGGUCGUCAUCACACACACAUCAUUACAGAAGAGGGAAGAAUUUUAAGCUUUGGUAGUAAUACACAUGGUGAACUCUGUUGUGGUCAAAUUGGUCCAAUCUAUAAUGAUUCAUGUUUGAAAGGUCUCAUUCAAGCAAUUGGACCAAUCAAUCAAUUCCAUAUUGUGGAUGGUGCUGGUGGUGGAUAUCAUAGCAUCUUUCUGAGUUCAGAUCAUCGAGUGUUCUCUGUGGGUUUGAAUUCAUCAAAUCAAUGUGGAAUUAGUCUCUCUAGAACCACAACAACAAAUAAUCCUACCAAUCUUACCAACAAUGACAAUAUUGAUAAUAACAUUGAUAGUAAUGGUAAUGGUACUACUACUACUACUACUAGUGAUGGUACGAUCAGUUCUCAAUCAGAAUCAGGUAAUAAUCAUGAUGAAGAAGAACAUGAAUGCAUUUCCAUUCCAUGUGAAAUUCCUCCAGAACAUUUCGAUCAUCAUGUGGUGAUUCGUGUCGGUGCAAGUAAUAGUCAUAGCGUAUUCCUGACCAAAUCUCAUUUGGUUUAUAUUGCUGGAGCGAACAGUAAUGGAAGUUGUGGUGGAGUUGUUUCACUAGAUCGUCCUCUCUUAUUGAAAUUUCCAUUUGGAUUUGAUCCUAUUGAGGUUUCAUGUGGUUAUGACGAUACCACGAUUUUAACAGCACAAGGAAGAGCUUUUGGAUGUGGAUGCAGUAGUGUGGGACCUGUGUAUGGAGAUUCCAUUCAUGGAAGUUAUACAUUGAAAACACUGUAUGGAGGAGCAUCUAAUAUUAUUGGAAUUAGUAGUGGAUAUUUUUGUGAAGCUUAUCUAACCUCUGAUGGAACAUUAAGGAAUGGCAGUAAUACUGAGAUUAAUCUUUCUGACAUUCAUAAUGAAAAUACAUCACACCAUGCUUCUUGUUUACAAACAUUCAUUUCAGGAGAUUACUCUAUUUAUAUUACAAAUGAAUAUAAUGAAAAGAAGAAAACAUUUGGAAAGAUUUGUAAAAUGACAGAUUCGACCGAUUUGACAGGAAUUUUUAGUAUGGAUGAUUUGACUCGGCGUGUUGGAGCUGCAUGUCAACGAAAUUGUUUUAUCAUUUACCAAUAUCGAGAUGAAGAUUCAUUUUGGAAUGUGACCAAUCAUUUCAAACUCUUGAAGAAAAUAUUGAAUCUUGAGAGAAAACCUUUGAGUGACAUUGAGAUUGUUAUUGAGGAUUGUGUUUAUUAA